GCGGUGGCGUCCUCUGCUGACGGUGACGCCGAACUACAGAUGGCGCUGGCCGUGUCCGCCUCUCUCCGGGACGAACAGGAGCGCUCCCGGCGGCUGGCCGAGGCUCAGCUGGUCGAGCUCGGGCUGGAGGGAGAGCUGGAGGCGGUCCGGGACAGCGGCGGCGCCGUGCCGCCCGAGCCGCCCGCACCCGCCCCCGCCAGCGACGACCCUCCUGCCGGGCGGAGUCGAGGACGGGGCGGGAGGAAGAAGGGUCCCGCCGCCACCUCUGUCCUCGUCACCCAGACCAAGGAGGAGCGGGACCGGCGGCUGUGCGAGAAGGAGGAGGUGAUUCCUGUGGAGCCCCGUCGCCUCCGCGCGCGGAAAGGGUCGCCGCAGCCGGCGGUCGCCUGGGAGAAGGCGGCACAGCUGCACAGCAGCGAGGGCGACUACUAUGUUCCGGAGCUGGCGGGGCUGGUGGAGCCCUGCGCCUGA